AUGAAGCUAUUCCAGAUUGACGAUCCCCGCGAGGUCGUCCCGAUCGGUUGCCGGCUACUGAAGCUGUUCGGUCUGGGACGUGACGAAAAGCUGAAGCUUCUCUACUGGGUCCAGUGUGUGUUUUAUCUCGUGUUUAGUAUUAUACCACGCGUCUUGGUACAGAUAGACGAUACGAUAAUGUUGCUUCGGUUGGGCUCCGAGCUCGCCUUUGUUUCCUACCUUUACUCCCAGAUUUUGGGCCUGUAUUUUCGACGCCGCUAUCUGUAUCGGCUGGUGGAUUUGCUUCAAACCUGCAUAAACAAACAGUAUUCGGAAUCGAUCGAUCAAUUUGUGAUCAAAUCGAAUGCCAAAAUCCACAAACUGUCCAUAACUUGCUGCAAAUACUUUUGCUUGGCGUACGUUCUGUACUGUGCAAUGCCACCGAUAGCAUCGACCGCUGUGUACGUACGCAACCAGCGCAACAAAACAGCAGAACCGGAAGAGUUUAUCAUUUCCAGCGAGAUGAACCUCUACUACCUGAACAUUCGCUUCAAUCUGCUACACUUUUCGUUUUAUACGAUCGUUAUCUGUCUGCUAACAAUCACAUCCGCCGGUUCACUGUGCAUCAAAGAUAUAAUGGAUGUGGCCGUCAUCAAAACCACUUGCUUACUAUUUCAAACGACGACCAUGCAGAUUCGCGAACUAAAAGAUCACAUCUCGCAGGCACAGCUAACCACCGUCAUCAAGUCACAUCGGGACACCUUGUUGUGCGCGCAAUAUCUGCAGGAAGCUCUCAAUCUAUCGCUUCUGUUUCAGCUCACGUUUUGCAGCUUGAUAUGGUGUCUGAUGAUGUUCUACAUUUUUAAUGAUUUGGCUAAAACAUCAUUGAUUUCUUUUCAGGGGUUUGACUCAAGAAUUUUGAACGUUCUCAUACUACUGCUCAUAGUGACGGUAGAGACCUACACGUACUGUACACUCGGAACGCAGCUGACAGAUAAGGGUGAAGAGGUCCUGAUGGCGCUCCAGCAGCUUGCUUGGUACGAUCAGUCGAUUCCGAUUCAAAAGCAGCUUCUCUUCAUGAUUCGACGCUCGCAGAAACCGAUCAUCCUAAGCGCUGGCAAGAUUUUCUACGCCAGUGUGCUGCAGUUCAGUGAGAUGGUGCAAAAGUCUUACUCGUUUUAUUUGGUGCUGAAAAAUGUGUUUUAA